AUGUGCGAAAGCUUAAGGACUUUCUUGCUUAUUUCUUCCCCGGCUUCAUCCCUUUUUUAUUCGCGCCGGGAACCAAACAUGGUUAUGCGAAGUGCGCCGUUGAUGGGUUGGAAGAACGUUAGCACCGGUUCCGACGCAGAGAAACAUAUGCCUAUCGCCCGGAUAUGUGUCCAAGUGCAGCAAGGAUCGAUCUACGGCGUUCGGGAUAGGCUUCCGAAUGGGCAGAACUACUACUACUUCAAAGGAGUGCCGUACGCCAGGCCACCGGUGGGUCUGCUACGCUUCAAGUCACCGGUUCCGCUGGAGAAGUACGCCGUGUCAUACCUGGACUGCACGAAGGAGCGCAGUAACUGCAUGGGGUUGGACGUGCUGUCGAAGGAAAUCAGCGGCUCCGAGGAUGGCCUGUUCCUGAACAUUUACACUCCGAAGCUGGGCAAGAAGGAUGACCCGGAACCGCUCCCGGUGAUGGUGUUCAUACACGGAGGUGGACUCAUCGGGGGACACGGUGAUAGCUCGUUGUAUCUGCCGAACUAUCUGGUACAGCAGGGUGUGCUCGUUGUGACGGUGAACUAUAGGCUCGGUGUGCUUGGAUUUCUUUGCCUUCCGGACGCCGGGGUAGAGGGGAAUGCCGGCCUAAAGGACCAGCGGAUGGCAUUGCGAUGGGUCAUCGAGAAUAUCGCUCAAUUCGGUGGUGAUCCCGGGAAUGUAACACUGUUCGGUGCGAGCUCCGGCGCGAUAGCGGUGAACUUCCAUUGUCUUUCUCGGGAAUCCAAGCGGUACUUCCACAAAGCCAUUCUGCAGAGUGGCUCGAUCUACACGGAGUUUUCGUUCCAGGACCAACCGGAAGAGAAAGCCCGCAAACUGGCGAAACUCCUCGGCCACAGUCCCCAGACGGAUGUGGAAGUGUACGAAGUACUACGCAACGCGCCGGCCAAAAAGGUGUUCGAACUACAACCCCUGGUGCUUACGGAGCGCGAAAAAGCUGUAGAGAAGUUGUUCCAGAUCCCGUUCCUCCCGGUGAUCGAGCGGGUUGACUCGGGUGACGCGAUCAUCACGCAACAUCCGUCCGAAAUUCUAAGCGAACCGGACGGCAUCGGAAUCCCGAUCAUCCUCGGGUACAACGAGCGCGAUGGGAUGAUGGUGUUGAUUGACGCGAUCAAAACACUGGCCACGUAUAACGCCGAACCGGAGCGCUUCAUCCCCCGUACGGUCGCGAUCGAUUACUUCUCGCCCGAGGCGCGCACCCUCGGGGAGGAGAUCAGGGAGUUCUACUUCGGAUCGAAAAGCGUCAACCGGGAUACGCUCAACCAGCUGACGGACGUGUUUACCGACAAGUAUCUGCUAGCCUACCGAAUGACGGUGGAACUCUGGGCGCGGUACCAACGGAAGACGAAGUUCUUCGGCUACCGAUUCGCGUUCGACGGUUUACUGAACAAGGGCAAAGCGAUCAUGUCGCUGAAGACGAUGAAGGGUGCCGCUCACAUCGACGAAGUGUACUACCUUUUCAGCUCGCCCCUACUUCGCACCGAAGUCCCGGAGACGGAUCGAUCUUACGAGCUACGCAACACGAUGGUCCAAUUGUGGACAAACUUUGCCAAGUACAGCGAUCCAACGCCCGAGGACGUGGCUACUGGUGAUAAGCUACCGUUCCGUUGGGAGCCACAGCAGAACGUGCCCGAAACGGCCGAACAGGUUCCGCUGAUGUGUCUUGAUAUCAGCAACAGCGGAAUACGAAUGUGCGAGAUGCCCGAAAAGCGAAGGAUGGACUUCUGGACGCAGAUCUACCAGCGCUACAAUGGGCGACUCUCGGAGAUUAAGGUACCCGUCGUAAGUUCUUCACUAGCCGAUGAGAACAACAACAUCUAA